GCUUUGGAACCCGAAAGAGAAAAUUUGUUUGUACACUAAGAAAGAGGGAGUGAGCUCAAAUCCUGAAUUCAAUAAAUAAAUACUCCUUACUGUUUCCUUUCUCUCUCUCUCUCUCUUAAGUUUGAAUGUAUCCUUCGAAUUUGUUUCAGUUGAGUUAAGAUCAGUUUUAUCUUUAUCUUAUCUUUCACACAGUUCCUUCCAAUUCCACUCUUUUUCUUUCUUUGUACACUCACGCGUUCUUCUGUUUCCUCGCGCCCAUGAGCUGUACUCUAUUACUAACCACCUCAAGGGAUCUCUCUUCACUCUGAUCCGUUGCAACCGAUUCGAUAUGAGUCAACUCGGUCUCAUAUUGCAAGAAUCUCAAAGAGAAGCAAGAACCAUUCUCGGUUUAUUAACUCAACAAAUGGACGCCGUUGACACACGCACAAGAAGGAGACGGACUCUCAAAGAACGCUUCAGAUUCACCGGAAUCGGAUGCUGUGGAGCCACCUGGGUUUUCCGUCCCGUUCUCCGUCACGAACAUCAACAACAAGAGGAAGCUACGGAGGAGCAACAACUACCGGUUCAAGAUCCGGACCCGGUCGAACCAGAAUGCGUAGGACCAGGUCCGUCUGGUUCCGGCAUGAAUCUUGCGGCGGCGUUGGCGGCGGAGCGUCAGAUGAGAGGGCCGGAGGAGGGAGAGACGCCGUGGAGGGUUUCAUUAAUGAGACUGUUAGAGGAAACGGAAGUGGAAACGGCGGUUGAAGAGGGGAAUGAUUCGGUGUGCUGCGUGUGCAUGGGAAGGAAGAAAGGUGCAGCGUUCAUACCGUGUGGACACACUUUCUGUAGAGUUUGUUCGAGGGAAAUGUGGCUGAAUCGAGGGAGUUGUCCCCUUUGUAAUCGCUCCGUUCUCGAGAUUCUCGAUAUUUUCUGAAUUCAAAUUCAUAACCCUCUUUCUCUUCUGUAUUUUUUCCAAUUAAUCAAAAGAUCGUGAUAUUUCAUUUCACGUCUAAUAAUUUUAAUUUCGUUUUCUUA